GAGAGAGAGAGAAGUAGAGAGAGGGAGAGGGAGGACGAGGCACCGCUGGUUUCCCUGCUGCUUCUCCAUCCUCCGUUCUCCUCCACAGUGAUCGGGGAGCUGUGGAAUCGACGCGUGUCUCCAUAAGGCUACGAAUAGUAAAAACGCCGCACAGAAAGCCCGACUUCAAGCUGGUGACAGAUGCCAUCGCAGAAGGGCAAAGAAGAUGGUACUAAGAAAACGACAGAGAGGAAGGAGAGGGACACAGGCUUAAAGUCUUCUUGCUCUUGUGUUCUGAAGGAAGAGUGAUUGGCACCGAGUUCUUUUGCUGCCCUUUCCUACCUAAAGACAUGGAGCACCAUUUCCUGAUGAGACUGUGGCACUUCAGGCAACAGUCAAUCAUCAGCCACCUUCACCGACAAUCUUAAUGUCCAGACUGUGAAUGUGAGACCGGUGCAGCCCUGUCACGCCCACAGCGCCCCCUUUCGGCCCGGACGGCCCACCACGCCCCGGCGCCUAUGAAAGGGUACCAUGUCAGCCGUAGCAUGUCUCAGCAUUCCUCCGGUGGUGGCGGAGGAGGCCCCUGCCACUGCAUGCCUGAGGAUUGCGACGGCCCGAGCAGAGACUACUACCAGGGUCACAGCGAUGGCCACUAUUACCCUCCAGGAGGUCCAGCUGAGGCUCUGGCACUGGAGAGGCACCACUCACACUCCCAUUCACACUCCCAUAGCCACUCUGGAGGGGGCACCUUCCCCCGCUCCCACCCCAGCCAGCACCCACCUCUCCAGUCGUUUGACUCUUGCGAAGAGUGCCUAUCGUCGGGCCACGGAGGGAAGAUGCACCGGAUUCCCCCAAAUCUGAUGGAUCAGUUCGAGAAGCAGGUGCCCUUCCACCCUGAUGGUUUCCACACACUGCAGUACCAGCGCACUGCCAGCGGGGGUGCUGAGCAGCGCAGCGAGAGCCCCUCCCGCAUCCGCCACCUGGUCAACUCGGUGCAGCGCCUCUUCGCCAAGUCCCAUUCCCUGGAAGCGCCAUCCAAACGGGAGUACAACGGCACAAGGGGAGGCGGGGACUACCGUGGUGAGAGAGGGGGAGGCCACAGGAGUGGAGGGGAGGAGGGUCAAUACUCGGGUCACCAGUCUCGCUCUACCAGGAGGAGCAAGUCUCGAGAGCGUAGCAAGAGUGGAGACUCGCGGCAUGAGUCGGGCAGACGCCAUCGCAGCAGGACAGCAGGCUGGUGGAGUUCUGAUGACAAUCUGGACAGCGACAGCAGCUUCCUGGUCAGUGGGGGUAGACGAGGGUAUCCCAGUGGACAUGAGAGCCUAGAUGCUGCCAUUCAGGAGCUCACUAUGAAAAAGCCCAAGGAGCGAGGUGGUGGGCCGGGAUCUGGGGAAUGCAUGGCCUGUACCACAAUGGCCCUGGCUGGUACUGAGGGAGGAGGACACCAUGGACAUCAUGGGCAUCACGGGCACCACGGUCAUUCCCUGAAGAGGAGCACCUGGUCAGCCAUGACAGUGAGUCAGGCCCGAGAGGUGUAUCCUUCCACCAGGGGAGGAGGCUAUGACAAAGCCCUGGUGCCAGUCGAGAGCAAGAUGAAGGAGAGGACCUUCCACUACCUGCAGGUCCCUUCAGAAGACUGGGGAGGUGGCUACGGUGGUGGCAAUGCCGCUGACAGUGGAGGGGAGAUUCCGUGUCGUCGUAUGCGGAGCGGCAGCUACAUCAAAGCCAUGGGUGAUGAUGACAGUGCCGACUCAGACACAAGCCCUAAAGCCUCGCCCAAGUCCACCCUGAUCGCUCAGAGGGAUGCCUUCAGACGGGCUAUCAGCAUGGAUCAAAGGUACUCGUGUAAGCAGUGCACAGAUUCCUACCCAAACAACCGGACGGCACCCAAAACCCACACCCGCUCUCGUAGCUACACCCGCUCUUUGACCAGCUCACAGCUGGGAGACACAUUGAAUCGUCAGUUCGAGGCCGUGUGUGAAACCAUGUUCGGGGAGGUGGAGUCUCAAGCCGUCGAGGCCCUGGAUCUUCCUGGCGUGUUCCGCACUCGCAGCCACAGCUACGUUCGCGCCAUCCAGGCUGGCUGUUCCCAGGACGACGAUUGCCUGUCCGUCUUCUCCAUGUCUGGCCCCCAGGGAAGCAUCAAGGGUGGGGCCGUCUUUCCUUAUCGCAAAGGUGCUCCUCCCCCACUCCCACCUCGCAUGUCAAAGUCUUCACUCUCAGUGCGAGCCCAGAGCAGCACCGAGUCCACCCAGGAUACCUACUACCAGAGUAGCGGACAGCUGGCCUCAGGCUCCGGCCCCGGGCGUCCCAAGCAGCACAGCAACUCCGUGGACCUGGGCAGCUCUGACGGGCCCUCGGGUCGCACCUCCAGAGGAGGCUACUACACGUCUAGCGGCCCAGGACGUUCCCGACAGCACAGUAAUUCUGCAGAGAGCCUAGAUGGGGUCAGGGGGUCAAGGGAGCUGGUACCCUAUGGAGGGGGCCCGGGAGUCGGGGUGAGGGCCAAACACAGCAGCUCAGCUGACAGCCUCCUUGAGGGUCCACCGAGGCCAGCCAGGGAGAGGGAUGGCAGGGUCGGAGGCAGCCUGGGGAAGUCGGCCUCUCUGCCUCAAAACAGCAUAGUGCUGAGUAAAGUAGGAGGGCAGGACGAAGGACGUGGAGGCAGGAAGUGGAGGCCCUCCAUAGCCGUGCAGGUGGACAGCUCAGAGACUCUGUCAGAUUCGGACGCAGAAGGCAAAGCUCUUACAGAGGUCCACUCUAUAGGAGUCCAAGUGGAGGAAGACAAAAGGCGCGCUCGUUUCAAGCGCUCCAAUAGCGUGACGGCGAGCGUACAGGCCGACCUGGACCCUGAGGGCUUUCCCGGGCUCAGCAUGGCCGUGCCAACGCAGGACAAGAGUCUCCAGUUCGGCUGCUCCUUCCAAAGGCAUUCAUCGGAGCCCGAGUCGGCCAGCCAGUACACCGAGUGCCACCGCACCGUCCACACGCAGGGACAGUGGGCCUACAGAGAGGACUUUAUCCAGAGCGGCUACACCAGUGAGGCCUGCCAAGCAGACCCACGGCCCCACCAGCACCCACUCCUGCCUCCACGUUCCCACUCACCUCUGCCCAUUACCUCUGAGCGAGCUUGGGCGGGGACACCGUCCUUAGAGGGCCCCAGGAGCCUUCCUGAUUCUGGCCGAGCUUCGCCUUGCAUGAGAGACGGAGAGUUCUUCUUACGCCUCCUGCAGACGGAAGUGGAGAGGAUGGAGGGGUGGUGCCAGAACAUGGAGAGAGAGGCAGAGGAGAAUGAACUUCCAGAGGAAGUUCUUGAGCCGAUUCGAAAUGCAGUUGGCAGCGCCCAGAUGCUCAUGUCUCAGAAAGUCCAGCAGUUCUUCCGCCUCUGCCAACAAAGUGUGGAUCCAUCAGUCUACCCCCAACCCACGUCUCAGGACCUGGCAGCCUUCUGGGACUUGCUCCAGCUCAACAUAGAGGACGUCAGGGUCAAGUUUCAGGACCUUCAGAGGCUUAAGGACUCUGGUUGGAGGCUUCCACCUGAAAAGAAGGAGGACAAGAAGCUUCCUCCUCCCUUACCAAAGAAGCCAGCGGGCGGGGUGAGCGGCAGCCUCCGGGCCGAUAGCGUUAGCGAUGGCGGUGCUGGAGGUGGAGGAGGUGGGUCGGGGGGCCUGGUGGUGCCUCGCGUGGGAGGACACACCCUACCCAUCAGGGAGAAGUCCCUGGACCUCGUGGACCGUCAGAGGACAGAAGCAAGGAGGAGGCUGCUACAGACCAAGCGUACUGCCUCUUUCAGGCAGAACUCUGCCACGGAGAGCGCCGACAGCAUCGAGAUCUACAUCCCCGAAGCCCAGACUCGACUCUGAACGCCAGGCUGAGGUGUCUCCCUCCCACCUCCCUCACUCACCCUCACCCCUGUGAAGCUGGCCUGUGCGCCAGUCUCAGCCAAUCUUUCUCUGAGCCCAGUUUUGGAUCUUUAGCGAGUCAUUGCUGUCCAUGCGCUACUCCCCCUCAGCAAUUCCAUCAAAUUCAUUAAACAAGCAAUGACAGCCAUGUUAGUGUCUUGAAAUUUGGACAUUUUACUGACACAGAAGCCUCGAUCUAAAACGGUAGCUAGCAGUUACUGACGUUUUUAGGUCUCUGGAUUUCUUUUUUAUUAUCAUUUUGGCUGACAACAAACAAGAACCAGUCCAUUUUUAUAACAGUAGUCAGCGGAGGUUCACGCAGUAGUAGCAUGCCUGUGCGUGUUCACCUAGCACAUCUCCAUCAUUGAAAAUUAAGGGCUUAACAGGCACAAGACCUCUGACAGAAUCUCCUAAUGUGAAUCCCAGAUGGGGUUUGCAGCAAAAUCAGCUACAUGUCACAUUCAUGGGGUUUCUGAAUCACGACGUAUCCAUACUCUUCACCGAUGCUACCAGUAUGGAUGAAUAAACAUUGAUGAAUUUCUCAGCAUCAGUUUAAAUGCCCUUAAAGUCAGAUGGUUGGCAAACCCCAAAGAACAUCCCCUGAGCAUAGUCAGUCAACUACAUCUGGCACCGUAGGCCCAGGUGCCAUCUGUCCACACGGGGGGGCUUGGUCAGAGAAUAUGAAACAAUUUUUAUCUCUUUCAUUUUCUCACGCCCCGUGUGUCCGCAGACGACCCUCAGCAUUCAGCAGUGAGGCUGUUUGAAUGUGCAAGUGCUUUUUGUACAUAGAGUGCACACUCAUGUUUGCCAAAAGGAGUUUUUGCGGUGUAGCAUCACAGCCUUGACAGCUAGAGAGCAUCACAGACGAGAAAAAAAGAAAAAAGAAAAAAAAGAAGAGCCGUUUCCUUCUUACGUAGUCUUUCUGAAGUUUCAAGUGUUCAGGGGUGGGGUUUCUGGGAGUUUUUAGGGGAAUAUAUUUUUGGGGGCUUUUCAGGACUUUACUGAGGAAGCCACCUUUUCACUGUGAGACUAUAGCACCACCAAGUGGUCAAAUGAGGACACUAACAACAGUGGUCUGUAGAGAGUUCUCUCCACCUCAGUCAGGAAUUAACAGACACCCUGAUGAAACAGCCAUGAAAGAAGAUCAGAUUCUUUCUAACUUCAUUUCAGUUCUUUCCCCUCGACUUGCAGUGUGUUUUCUCUUCCCUUGAAUAAUAUUUGAAUGGACUUUCCCAUGAUGUUUUUAUGGAUAAUUAAGAGGGUGGCAGAUCACAAAGUAAAAGAGGGAGCGCUGCUUAAUUUCUUGUGCAGUCCUCACAAUUUCCCACAGCACUGAUAACAGAAGGAAUGGUUUCUUUGAUCAAAAGCAAACAAAAGCAGUCAAUCAGUGAACAGUAGCUCCCUCUGUAACCCUUCCAAAGAGUCAUCAAACCGAGGAGCCCAUCAAUUGUGAAACAAUAGAAAAGAAGCAAUUGUAUGAGGCUAAGAUUACGUAACACUUGAUAUGAAUGGAAUAGUGUACAUUUGUUGCACUGUGUUUCCCGUUCCCUUUAUUUACACCCUGAAAUCAAACUAUCUGGUGUUUCCACAAGUGCAGCAUGAUUUUCAAAGUUUUAAAGGGAUCGUAUUUACAAAUUGUAUGCCAGAAUAGAUAUUUCUAAUUUAAGUAUUUAGUAUGGAUGUUGCAUAGAUGUUUGUGUGUGAAUGCACUGGAAUUAAUGAAGAUGAAGGCUGUGUGUUAUGAGGGACACAAGCCCAGUGAGUACUAAAACGUCCAAAUCUGCCAAAAACACUAAAUAUAAGAAUCUUUUAGCAUGACCAAUUUUUUUUUCUUUUGUAACACUUGGAUGGAAUGUGUUGGCAAAAUGGGAUAUUUUAAUGGGAGAUGUAUAUUUUAUAAUAUAAUCUACAUUUUUAGAUUAGUAGAGAUUAUUAAGUACAGUAUAUGUACAAAGAAAGCAUAUAUCAAAUGUGAAAUACUACAGUAUUAUUAUGAUAGAUUAUAGCAUUGUGUGAUACUACAGCUGUGUGGCAUAUCCAGACUCAGUACACGUGAAAAAGAAUUUGAAACAAUUGUUAUUAUCUUCAGUUUGUGAGUCAGGUUCACAGGGUAUAACUGGCAAGUGUUAAUUGCCAAGUUUGAUCCUCCUUAGGCCUACUAUAUAUCUGUCUGUGGUUCCAACAACAUAUACUGCUGUAUCCCCUCCCUGUAUUUCCUCUUUAGAACCAACUACAUGUGCCUAACCAGCUAUAUGUGGAGGUUUCCUUUGAACACAGUUUACAGUAUAUAUAUAUAUAUAUAUAUAUAUAUAUAUAUAUAUAAAGAUAU